AUGCUGCUGACGAUCUCGGGCCUGCGCAACUGGGCCGCACAGUUCUACUGGAAGUGCCCGGCCUGCGGAUACUGCAAUGAGGACCGCGAUAUCUACAUGGAACACCAGGAGAAGCGAGCCAAGGGCAAAGAAGUGGCAACCAGCGGGCCGGGGCCAGACGCAGCAGCCAAGGCCAGGGCAGAGAAGGAGGAGCGGAAGCGGCUCAAGAUGAUCGAGCUGCAGCAAAAGGGCAUCAUUGACAAGAAGGGGGCCUCAACAAAAAAGCCGACUAUGUCAAGGGCCGAGCGGCGCGCCAAGCAGGAGCUCGAGCGCGCAGCAAAGCAGGCCACGGCAUCGCAGGGCGACAAGCAAAAGGACGCCAAGGAGCCCGCGCACCACCACCACCACAGCGCAAACGCGGGUGCCGAUGGAGCCGCGCAGCAGACCAGCGCAGGCGCACACCAUGUGCCGACAGAGCACUACACGAUGACGAACCGUGUGUUCCAGGAGGACAAGCGCAUGUACCUGUACUCGCACCUUGAUCUACCGCCGCAUCCGCCAUCGUCGGUAUCUGCACUGGCGCCCAGCCAGGUACUGAACGCAAACAGCACUGCGAGUGCUGAGGGCGGAACCGGCGAUGCAGGUGCGUUUGUGGCCGGCAUAAAGAACUCGGCAUUCCCACCCGGGCCGCAGGUCGUUGUGGGCAUGGCCAGGGAUGCGUAUGUGGCAGCUGAGACCGGCGAGCCGGCGUCGGUGUCGGUUCCUGGCGGUGUGGGUGGCCCCAGUGAGGCUAUUUUGCGUGAUGCACUGCCGCCGUAUGCGAACGGUCCGGGCGAGCGCAAAAUAGCAAAGUCGACAAACCAGACCGCCGGCAUGACCAUCCAUCCCCGUAUCAAGGAGGUCGGUCUGCGCAUGGGAACUAUGGAGAUUACUGGUGCCAAUGCGCGCGCUGUGUCGGUGCUGGCGGCCUUCAUUGACACGUCGCUGUACCGCCACCUGCUGUCGUACAUUUCGCCGCAGAUCAACUUUAUUGUGCACCAGCGCCCAAUGUGUGUGGGCAUCGGUAACGCAAUCCGCUGGCUCAAGGACGAGAUCAUGCGGAUUCCGGCCGACAUGGAUGAGGCCACGGCCAAGAGCGUGCUGAUUACCCGCAUCCUCGACUACGUCAAGGAGCGCAUUACGGCGGCGGGCGAUGUCAUUGCUGACUCGGGCGCGCAGAAAAUCCAGGACGGUGACGUCGUGCUGACAUUUGGCGCAUCAUCGACUGUGCAGCGUCUUCUGCUGGCAGCCCACCGGGCUGGCCGCCGGUUCCGUGUGAUCGUUAUUGACUCGCGGCCGCAGUUCGAGGGACGCAAGCUGGUGCGGCGCCUGGUCGAGGCGGGAAUGGCGGAUCUGAGCGCCAGCGGCGAGUCGGGCUCGGUGCCAGCGGCAGUGCCCAGCGAUCUGGGCAGCUCGCGCGGCAAGGGCCGCGGCCGCAACGGAGCCAACGGCGGUGUGACGUAUGCGCCAAUUACAGCCCUGGGCUUCAUCAUGCGCGAGGCCUCCAAGGUGUUUUUGGGCGCCGAGGCCUUCUUCGCCAAUGGCGCGAUGCUGUCGCGCGCAGGCACAGCCAUGGUUGGCCUGGCAGCGCGCUCGCACCACGUGCCGGUGAUUGUGGCCUGCGAGACAUACAAGUUUAGCGAGCGCCUCGGGGUGCCUGAUGCCCUGGUAUACAAGGCCGGUAUCCCCGAUGCGCAGCCUGUGGGCUUUGGCAAUGCACUGACCGACCAGUCUCUGGCAGAGAUGGAGUACAGCGCAUAUGCCCGCGACCGCUACUCGGCGCGCCCGCGCUGGAACAACCGCAAGACCUUUGUUGACGAGUCUGUCAGCGAAAUAACUGCUGCUGGCAAGCAAGCGAAGCAAGCGAAGCAGGCCAAGCAGGCGAAGCAGGCCAAAAAUGCUGCGAUGAUGUCUCCUGCCGCCUCCAUGGAAGCCAGGGCCGAGUCCAAGCUGCGCACCAUGUGCCCGCUGACUGACUGGCGCGAGACAAAGAACCUGCGCCUGCUGAACCUCGUCCAGGACAUUACUCCUCCAGAUUUUGUCUCCAUGAUCAUUACUGAAGUCGGAAUGAUCCCCACCACCAGUAUUCCUGUCGUGCUGCGCGAGUACAAGAACCAGAUGUAA